AUGGAAUCAGUGGAGAAGAACAAUUCAAAUCGAUCGGCUCCUCGUGCAAGUCGGGCAGCAAGAGCUUGCAUGCGUUGCCAUGCCCGCAAGGUUCGCUGCGACGUGGUCCCUGGAAGCGGAGACCGAUGCUCCUAUUGUGAUUUGAUUGAUGUUGCGUGUGAACUUGUCCCCGAGCGGCGAAGGUGGGUGAUGCCAAUAUGCCCAUACCAGAACACCAGCAAUGAGAAAGCUGACAAUUGGGAACCUGGCAAAAGGCAAUAUCGCAAACGCCAGAAACUGAAUGCUCCGGAGGCUGGCCAUGAGCGAGACCGGGCCACCCAGGCACAAAGCCACUCUGCUGUUCACCGCCUUCAAGACUCGGAGCCUCCAGUUGGGGUCUUGGAUCUGAACCCAGGCUCGCAACCGUCACUCAACAUUGAUGUGAAUGGCGUGGACAACCACAAUCUCAAUGCCACCCAGCAAACCCACAAUGGUCCUCCUCACCAGUUAUUCCACCUGGCAGAUCCUCCUACCGCCCACUCGGUAUGUUCUGGAGGCAAGUCUUCAACUGGCUGUGCUACUGCCACGGUCAGCGGGUUCGACAACCAAGAUGUAUGGAGCAGUCCUCUAGUAGCGGUCGGGUACGCUUCGCGACAGCAUGUGGUCGACUCCGAAACCUCAGAGAAACCACAGCCUUCCGUGCCACGCGGGGACAGCGCCACCGUGACAGAAGUUCCGCCCUCCAGGUGCUUUGUGUACUCGGGGGACACAUUACACCAUUCCUUUCUCCCGCACAUGACCGGCCAUCGACACUUCAACCGGCGUAGCCGUCGGCGUGGGUCGGAGAUUCAAGACUCAACGGGCGUUGCGUUUACGCACGAGGUGUUUCCAUUUACUCCCUGUCCGUCUGCUCGCUGGGAGCUGAAGACACUCCAACCCGCGACCUGCGGCGACACUGUCUUCGCUCACAUCUCGCCCGUGGAUGUGUUCUACCUCACCCGACUCAAGAAUGUCUUGUCCUUUCCCGACACACCCAUCGCGGGCGACUUCCUUUCCGCCUUUGGAACGCAUGUGCUGCCGACCUUCCCCGCCAUCGACCGGUACGAGUUGGGCAAAAUGUACGAACAAUUAUGUGACAGGCAGAUCACGUCGCCCAUGUUGCUGCAUGCAAUUUUCUUUGCCGCAUCUCAGUAUGUUCCGAAAGAAUCGUUGGCCAUGGCUGGGUUCGACUCAGUUCGCCAGUCACAAGAGUAUUUCUACGAUCGUGCCACUGCACUGUACGCACUCAACUGCGAAUACCACCAACUCAAGAUCAUCCAAACCCUUCUGUUUAUCAGUUCUUGGUGGUCCGACUUCAGCGAGGAAAAAGGAGCCAAGUACUGGAUCUCGUGUUGCGCCAAUUUGGCUCUUACCAUGGGCCUUCAUAAAGCGGUUCCUGCAGCUGCCCGCCUCGGACCCCGGGAAAGAUCGCUAUGGAGAAGGAUCUUCUGGACUGUCUAUAGUAGGGAUUGCAAUAUCUCGGCCGCCAUGGGCCGGCCAAUCACGAUCAACAGCAGGGAUAUUGAUGUCGAGGAGCUGACCGAGGCCGACUUUUACGAGCGACAAGAUCCAUCUCCUGGCAUUUCCGUCUCCUCUGGCAUUCGAGACGACCAGGCCCUGGACCUCACCAAACACUCGGAUACACACGUCUUCUAUGCCAUCAAGACUGCUCGCCAGGCGGCUUUGCUGGACCGGACAAUCGCCAUCGGCCUCGAUCAUGCCCUGGGUGAUGAAGCGGCCAUCAAAGCGCUGCGUGCAUGUCAAAGUGAGAUCAACGCGCUUCGAACCGAGCUGUCGAACUAUCUCUCGCAACACUUCGGUACAGGAGCCCACCACGCUGAUGGUCCAGACCGCGCCGAGCAACGUUGGAUCAUGUUCCUGCAGUUGAGCACGGAGAGGACCUUAUCCAUCGCGUGUCGAUAUCUGCGAAAACAUUUCGCCAAGCGUCAGGCGUGCGAGCCCGACGUCUCUCAGAGCCUGUGCGAGGUCAAGGCUGAGACGACGCGGGCCGCGGCCAGGACACUCGGUAUCUACGAGGAGCUGCUGGAGCUGGACUGUCUGAGAUACUCGCCCACUUAUGUGAAUACGCCCAUCUUCGGAGCGAUGGUCACGUAUGCGGAACUGAUCAAAGAAGCGCGCGAGGAAGGCCGAGUCGAUCGGAUCGCCACCAACAAAUACGACCUGGGCAUCAUGAUCCUCGAAGAAAUGGAACAGCACCUGAGCCCGGCGUCUUCAUGGGCUUGCUCCCUGUUCAAGAUUCUGGCCCAGAAGGACUUUUUCCCUCUGCGCAAACUUCCCCGUGCCUCUCGAUGGCAGAGUCCCGACCCAGGGACGGGGAGUCCCCAUCCCCAUACCAAUGGCCAUACGAUGCGAUUGGACCACGUCGAAGAGAGUGGUGCCACCACCGCCACCGCCAACAUCGGCAGCCCCCUUGGCCCAGGCUUCACUCUGAACGACGCUUACUUGAGUGACUUUGCCUCCAUGCCCGACUUCAGCUCCUUCUUCAAUUGUAGUGUCACCAAUAACCUCGACGCCCUGUUUCCUAAUGAUCUAUUCGACCGCCAGGUGUAUGAGAUAGCGCAGCACCAAACUCCGCUGGAGAAAUGA